GAGCCCCGACCGCCGCUGCGCGGCCUGGGCGGCGGCUCCUCCCUCCCGGGCUCCGCGUCGCCGCGGGCCCCGCCGGCGAGCCGCGCGCAGGAUGGGCCGGUGCGGCUUCUACGCGGCGGGGACGCUGUCCCUGCUCCUGCUGGUGACCAGCGUCACGCUGCUGGUGGCUCGCGUCUUCCAGAAGGCCGUGGAGCAGACCAUCCAGAAGACGGUGGUGUUGCGGAAUGGUACCGAGACCUUUGACACCUGGGAGAAGCCCCCUCUGCCUGUGUACACGCAGUUCUACUUCUUCAAUGUCACCAACCCCGAGGAGAUCCUCCGUGGAGAGAAGCCUUGGCUGGAAGAGGUGGGGCCGUACACCUACAGGGAAAUCAGGAGCAAGGGCAAUGUUCAGUUUGGAGACAACGGAACAACAAUAUCUGCCGUUAGCAAUAAGGAAUAUGUUUUUGAACGAAAUCAGUCUGUCGGAGACCCGAAAGUUGACUUAAUUAGGACGAUAAAUAUUCCUGUCAUGACUGCCAUAGAAUGGUCCCAGAACCACUUCAUCAGGGAGAUCAUCGAGGCCAUGCUGAAAGCCUACGAGCAGAAGCUCUUCGUGAUUCACACGGUUGAUGAGUUACUCUGGGGAUACAAAGAUGAGAUCCUGUCCCUCAUCCAUGUCUUCAGACCUGAUAUCUCCCCCAAUUUUGGCCUGUUCUAUGGGAAAAAUGGAUCCAAUGAUGGAAAUUAUGUUUUUCUAACUGGAGAAGACAGUUACCUUAACUUUACAAAGAUUGUGGAGUGGAAUGGAAAAAGGUCACUUGACUGGUGGAAGACAGAUGCAUGCAAUAUGAUUAAUGGAACAGAUGGCGACUCCUUUCACCCGCUGAUAUCCAAUGACGAGGUCCUCUAUGUCUUCCCAUCGGACUUCUGCAGGUCGGUGUACAUAAAGUUCAGCGACUUCAAGAGCGUGCGUGGACUGCCUGCCUUUCGCUACACGGUGCCUGCGGAAGUCCUGGCCAACAGCUCCGACAACGCUGGCUUCUGCCCCUCGGAAGGCGAGUGCCUGGGCUCCGGAGUGUUGAAUGUCAGCGUCUGCAAAAAUGGUGCGCCCAUUGUCGUGUCUUUCCCACACUUCUACCAAGCAGAGGAGAAGUUUGUUUCAGCCAUCCACGGCAUGCGUCCAAGUAAGGAAGACCAUGAGACAUUUGUGGACGUUAACCCCUUGACUGGAAUUAUCCUCAGGGCAGCCAAGAAGCUCCAGGUCAACAUUUAUGUCAAGAAAAGCAGUGACUUUAUUGAAAGUGGAGAUAUUAGAACCAUGGUUUUCCCAGUGAUGUAUCUCAAUGAGAGUGUUCUCAUUGAUGAAGAGAGUGCAAGACAACUAAAGUCUGUGAUUAACACUACUAUGAUUGUCACCAACAUCCCCUACAUUGUCAUGGCGCUGGGUGUGUUCUUUGGUUUGAUCUUCACCUGGAUGGCGUGCAGAGGACAGGGAUCCAUGGACGAGGGAACCGUGGAUGAAAGGGCACCCCUCAUUCAAACCUAAGGGAAGGAACUUCCGCCUCAUGCGAGCUCGCGGGCUCUCCUGACCUGGGCCGUGCCGGAAUCGCAGCAUCCUCCCAGGCCCCUCGUCGGUGGGAAGAGGGCGGAGACUCAGUGUCAGCAAAUGACAGGAGCACCUGGAACGGAGCGUGAAGAGCCGGCUAGCACGGCUGGCGCGUGUGCUUCACAAAACCACCUGGCCUCCACAAUCAUUUCCAUGUGUCCAGCAAGUACUUAAUAAACUCUUGUAUAGUAACUUUGAUGUUGGGCUCGAUAGCCAGAGAUUUGUGUGACUGCUGUUGUAGAUAGGUCUUUGCAUCGCUUGUUAAAGCUACAUGGCUAACCUCAUGUGGAAUGCUUCUUCCACCCAUCUCUGUGUGCAGAAACACACAUGUAUCUCUUUAUGUUGUACUCUUCCAUUUCAGUCUCCCAAAAGAAGUCAGAGUUCGGAAUCCAGGGUAAAAUGUAGCCUUAUCCUGUACACUGCUGAAAUGAUAGGAUGUCCUCUUUUAAAGCAUCAUGUAUUGUAUUUCAUGCUAAUCUUGAGUCUAGGAUUCAUCCAGGAAAAUGUUACUAGGUCUUCUGACUGCUUAUACCAUGGGUGGGAAUCGAGUAGGGAAGGGUCGGGUGGGGAGUCGGGGGGUACCAGGAGGGGAUACCAGUGAGUGCACAAGGAUAGCUACUAUGGAUUUCUAAGUUGCACUUUCAUGAGCCAGGAGAAUGAAUAAAUACUGUUGAUGAAUAUCAAUACAGAUCUUUCCUGAAG